UCUGGUGUGUUGACUGUGGGCAGACUUAAAUCUAGUUAUUGUCGUUUGGAACGCGCAGCUGUAAACCAGACCUCAUAGGGCUUUUCCUGUUAAUUCGCAGUUCAUUGUGCCUCUUGUUUCAGAGGGAAGAAAAGCUGAUUUAGUAAUCUAAAUGGACGCGAUACUGAAUUACAGGUUGGAAGAUAGUGAAGAUUACUACACGUUACUGGGAUGUGAUGAACUGUCUUCGGCUGAACAAAUCCUGGCAGAAUUUAAGGUCAGGGCCCUGGAAUGUCACCCUGACAAGCAUCCUGAAAACUCCAAAGCUGUGGAGACUUUUCAGAAACUGCAGAAGGCAAAGGAGAUUUUGACUAAUGGAGCAAGUCGAGCCCGCUAUGACCACUGGCGAAGGAGCCAGAUAUCGAUGCCAUUUCAGCAGUGGGAAGCUUUGAGUGACUCGGUGAAAACGUCAAUGCACUGGGCUACCAGAGGUAAAAAAGAUCUGAUGUUGGAAGAAUCUGACCAGACUCACACCGAUAAAACUGAAAAUGAGGAAUGGAAUGAGCAAAAAGAGAUAAAGAAUGAGGAGUUCGGUCCAACCACAGAGAAAAUGGAGCAAAAAGAAUCCAAAUCCAUGGAGAAGUCAUUCUCCUCACAAAAUCCAGAUUCUCCAGGUUUUUCAGAUGUGAACUGUUGGCACCUUCGUUUCCGCUGGUCUGGGGAUGCUCCUUCAGAACUCCUGAGGAAAUUCAGAAACUAUGAAAUAUGAAAUGUCCCUGCUCCACAGUGGGGAGAAGGAGAGGGAGGGAGGGAGAGAGACAGAGAGAGAGAGAGAGAGAUCAUUCCCUGCGCUGCCAACAUACAGCCUUUGUUCAAAUCUUAAAAAUGUCAUGUUUGUGAAUUGCUGAGUACAAAUUAAUUCCUCCAUCCUUGAUCCUGUUCUCUCAAUAUGUUUUCUAAACAAGAAAAUUUUCAGACUAGUUUCUUUCAAUAUUUGAGUAAAUUACGGCUCUUAGAUCCAGAGUAGAUUGUAUUAUGUGCGUUUUCCUGUUAAUGUUAUUUAUAGAAAUCCAUUAAAAAUCGAUCUCUAUAUUUAAAUAUUUUAUUGAUAUACCAUGAUCUUUAUGAGUGCUAGAUGUACAAGAAAUGUUUUCUGACUCUGGAUUUAAAAUGAAAUGUGAAAUUACUUGUCUAAACUCCAUUGAAUAAAAUAAAUAAUUUUCCCAAACUUCAUAA